AUGAGGGUCAAGUUUGUUGUUUAUACUGGGGGGAAGUGGGAUGUCAUUAACGGAAACAUUGAGUAUGUUACUCAUGGCGAUUCAAGGAGACGUGGUUUAGAAAUUGAAACAGAUCAUUCAUAUAAUAGUUUUUUAAACUAUGUUUCUAAGAUGUGUGAUACUCCAAACAUUACACGGUUGUCAUACCGGAUGUCUACGUUUACUGAUCCGAUCGAUAUAAUUAAUGAUCGAGAUGUUAGAUUUUUUUGUGAUUUGGCGAUGCAGAAUCCUUUUGAAUUAUAUAAAUUAUAUGUUAUUCAAGAGUCUGGUGUUGGUUCCUCUGGUUUUUCUUCUUUAAACAAGUUCAAAACUCCAGAUCUAAAUAUUUCAGUAAAAGAAAGUGUUGAUGUUUUAAACGAUGAGUGUCCUAUUUUAGAAAAUAAUUUUGAAAAAUCAUCCACGUCUAACAACGAAUCAGCUUCUUCAUCUAUAGUGUUUGAGGCCGGUCAUAUGUUCAAUAACAAAGAAGAGAUGAAGCUUGAGUUGGGAAAGAAAUGUUUGUUAGAGCAUUUCGAGUUUAAAGUUGAUAGAUCAUCAAAGACACGGUAUGAAGUGUCAUGCAUGGGUGAUGGUUGUGAAUGGCGAUUUAAGGCAUACGCUAUUCCUGGUGGUAGUUUAUUUUUUGAACAACUAAAAGACAGUGGUAGGAUAUAUCGAGCGAAAGAGAUUGUCAAAGAUUUUAGACAAAGGUUCAAGGUUGAGAUAACAAACCUUCAAGCUUGGCGUGGUAAAAGCCAUGUACUUGAACUUCUACAAGGAACAACCCGAGACUCUUUUGCCGAACUACCAAUAUACUAUUACAAUUUGAAGCUUGCAAAUCCUGGAAGCGUUACUCACAUCUUGGUUGAUCAGCAAAGUCGUUUUGAAAUGGUUUUUGUUGCUUUAGGUGCUGCGACGGUCGUUAUCAUUGACGCGGCACACCUAAAGGGUGAAUUUAAAGGGACGUUGUUUUUAGCAGUGGGCAUGGAUGGAAAUAAUCAGAUUUUACCAAUUGCUUAUGGCAUUGGAAAAUCAGAGGAUGGUGAAUCUUGGACAUGGUUUCUCUCAAAGCUUAGAGACUGUGUUGGUGAAAUAGCAAAUAUGGCGAUCAUUUCGGAUAGGGCGAAUUCUAUACAUGUAGGUGUUAGAAACGUGUUUCCACGUGUUUACCACGGGUUGUGUUGUCGUCAUUUAAUGAUGAAUUUACGUUUGCCGUCGUCUAAAAAAAGAGUACGAGGCACUAUGGUGGAAGACAUAUGGGCAAGAGCUCAUUGUCCUGGAAAUCGAUACCACUAUAUGACAUCUAAUAGUGCGGAGUCUAUUAACUCUUUGUCUAGAUUCUCGCGUAAGAUGCCGAUAACGCAACUUAUCGAAUUCUUCCGCGAGUCUGUACAAAAAUGGUUUUAUGACCGUCGACUGCAGGGCAUGCAGGAGAGCCACUCACUGACUCAGUGGGCACAGAAGAAAAUUUUAAAGAAAAUUGAAGGGUCUAGAACCUGGACUGUUGGAGGCAUCGGGGUACACAAUUUUGUUGUUGAAGACGGUGGGAAAAGGGGUGUAGUUGAUUUUUUGAAUCGUUCGUGCAGCUGCCGUGUCUGGCAAGUUUCUGGUCUACCUUGUGGGCAUGUGAUUGCUGUUUCAAGAUUUUUGGGUGAACCUGACUGCAGUCAUUAUGCAUUCUCGUGUUAUUCAAACGAAGUAUACAAAAAAACGUAUGAAGAAUCGAUUAAUCCUCUGCCUCAUAGGUCUGAAUGGGUGAUACCAGAAGGCCUUGGCAGUGUAUUACCCUCGCAUAAUACAAAACGUCAAUCUGGCCAUCCAAAAGAAAACACCCGAAUCUUGUCUCGUGGGGAAGAGCCCGUUCAGGUAUAUUGUUCGCGGGGUCGAACAUACGGCCAUGUUCGUGACGUUUGUUUAGAUCCAAUGCCAUCACAGAUUCGUUCACGUAAAUCAUCAGGCAAAGGAAAAGGGAAAGAGGUAGAAACCCAGAGUCCAACGGAUGACAUUUGUCCAUCUUAUAAUUUAGCAGAAUUUUAA